AUGUCUGAAAGCUAUGAUAUCGACAUAAACACUGGCGUCGACGAUGACGAUGCUAUGAUGGUUGACGAAGAUACUAGACCAGCCUCGGUCAAACGCAAAGGACGUGGAUUCAGAAGUGAAUCAAAAGAUGAAUCUAGAGAUGGCGUAAGAUCUGGUGACAAAUAUGAUCAAUUUGAAUCUACUACUGACGAAGAUGCAGCCGCUGGACGUGCCCAAAGAUCUGUCGAAGGAUGGAUUGUUUUGGUAGUCGGUCUUCAUGAAGAAUCUACAGAAGACGAGAUCACUGAUAAAUUUGCAGAUUACGGCGAAAUAAAAAAUUUACAUCUAAAUUUGGAUAGGAGAACAGGUUUUGUUAAGGGGUAUGCGCUUGUUGAAUAUGAAACCUACAAAGAAGCUAAGAAUGCGAUUGAUGCCGUUAACGGAACUAAGCUUCUAGGGGCUACAUUACAUUGUGAUUUUGCUUUCAUAAGAGCACCUAUCAGUAUUGCCUCUGGGACAGAUAGGGAAUCUCGAGACCGUGGUGCAAACAGAAAUAGAGUUGGAAGUAGACGGCGCGGGAGAUCUUCUAGCCCAUCAAGGAGAUAUUGA